GCUCAGCAGGAGGAAGUCUUGUCUCUGAUGUAUCACUGACGACGACGCUCUGCUGUGUGGUGCGCACUCCAGCUCUCCUGCUCCAUCACCAUGGAAGAGCACAAUUGAUGCACACCAUAUACUGUAUAUAUACGUCUCUCCUCUGUCACGGAACCAAUGAGUGUUACUCCGCCGUCGCGGAGCGGACCUGCGUUUUUAACCCUCCGAAGAGCCGGACGAGUGUCACCGAGCGGCGUGGACCGGAGCUGAGCCGUCUUCAGAGAAGGGGCAAAUUAUGCCAGCAGCACCAGAGAUAGUCUCACUGGUCACUUGCCAGAGUAUUGGUCAGCUUGUUCUGUCCGCGUCUACCGUUUCUGUCUACACUGGCAGAUCCAUGCUGCUGGAUGCUCCGCACAGAGCCACACCCACACUAUGAGCGCCAACGGGCCUGCCCCAGACCCUGCUCCCGCUGCCCCCAAACCCCAACCUGCCACCGCCCCAACCCCUGCCCCAGCCUCUACCCCAGCCCCUGCUCCACCCCCAGCUCCCACACCUGCAGCACCACCCGCUCCUGCGGCCCCUCCUGCCCCCACUUCCUCGACCAUCCCAGUGGGUGCGUUGGCACAGAAGAAGCGGCAGCAAUAUGCCAAAAGCAAGAAACAGGGCAGUAACGCAAACAGCAGGCCACCGAGGGCUCUGUUCUGCCUCAACCUCAACAACCCCAUACGCAGGGCCUGCAUCAGUCUGGUGGAGUGGAAGCCAUUUGAUAUCUUUAUAUUAAUAGCUAUUUUUGCCAACUGUAUGGCCUUAGCUGUCUACGUCCCUUUUCCAGAAGAUGAUUCCAACUCAACAAACCAUGAUCUGGAAACCGUCGAGUAUGCCUUCCUCAUCAUUUUUACAAUUGAAACUUUUUUGAAAAUUAUUGCUUAUGGUUUGGUGAUGCAUCAGAAUGCAUACGUGAGGAAUGGCUGGAACAUGCUGGAUUUCGUCAUUGUCGUUAUUGGACUCUUCAGUGUUGUCUUGGAGAUUCUGACCAAAGAAGAUAAGGGAGAGGGUGAAGGAGAUGAAACUCACUUAACGAUGCACGGUCAUGGAGGAAAGCCAGGUGGAUUCGAUGUUAAAGCCCUUCGAGCCUUCCGUGUGCUGCGACCUCUGCGGCUGGUCUCAGGAGUACCCAGUUUACAAGUGGUUUUGAACUCCAUCAUAAAAGCCAUGGUCCCUCUCCUUCACAUCGCCCUACUGGUCUUAUUUGUCAUCAUCAUCUAUGCCAUCAUUGGCCUGGAGCUUUUCAUUGGAAAAAUGCACGCAACCUGCUAUAUGCCGGGCUCAGAUUUGUUAGCAGAAGAGGAACCAGCUCCAUGUGCGAUCUCAGGGCACGGGCGCCAAUGCCCUAUCAAUGGCACAGAGUGCAGAGAAGGCUGGCAAGGUCCCAAUGGUGGCAUCACCAACUUUGACAACUUCCUAUUUGCCAUGCUGACGGUGUUCCAGUGCAUCACAAUGGAGGGCUGGACUGACGUGCUGUACUGGAUGAACGAUGCAAUGGGAUUUGAGCUUCCAUGGGUGUAUUUUGUCAGUCUUGUGAUCUUCGGCUCUUUUUUCGUCCUUAACCUGGUUUUGGGUGUGUUGAGUGGAGAGUUCUCCAAAGAAAGGGAGAAGGCCAAAGCUCGUGGAGACUUCCAGAAGCUACGUGAGAAGCAGCAGCUGGAGGAAGAUCUGAAGGGUUAUCUGGACUGGAUCACUCAGGCUGAAGACAUUGACCCUGACAACGAGGAUGAGGCUGAUGAGGAGUGCAAACGCAACCGUGUGACUCUGGCUGACCUUACUGAGAAGAAGAAAGGAAGGUUUGGGUGGUUCAGCCAGUCGUCCGACACUCAUGCGAGUGUUCCAGCCAGUGAAACAGAAUCUGUAAACACAGAGAAUCAAAAUGGGGAGGAUGAAAAGACUCCAUGCUGUGGACCGCUGUGUCAAAAAAUAUCAAAGUCAAAAUUCAGUCGGCGCUGGCGUCGAAUGAACAGAUUUUGCCGCAGAAAGUGCCGGUUGGCUGUUAAAUCGGUGCCUUUCUAUUGGCUGGUCAUCAUCCUGGUGUUUCUCAACACGUUGACCAUUUCAUCUGAGCACUACAACCAGCCACUGUGGCUGACUGAAGUACAGGAUGUAGCCAACAAGGUGCUUCUGGCCCUGUUCACGUGUGAAAUGUUGGUGAAAAUGUACAGUCUUGGGCUGCAGGCGUACUUUGUUUCACUGUUCAACCGUUUCGACUGCUUCGUGGUGUGCGGAGGAAUCACAGAAACCAUUCUUGUUGAGCUGGAAAUCAUGUCUCCUCUCGGUAUCUCUGUGUUCCGCUGCGUUCGUCUGCUGAGAAUCUUCAAGGUCACACGUCACUGGCAGUCACUGAGUAACUUGGUGGCCUCGCUGCUGAACUCAAUGAAGUCAAUCGCUUCCCUGCUGCUGCUGCUCUUCCUCUUCAUCAUCAUUUUCUCCCUGCUGGGCAUGCAAGUAUUUGGCGGAAAGUUCAACUUCGAUGAAACUCAGACCAAGAGGAGCACCUUUGACAACUUUCCCCAGGCACUACUCACAGUGUUUCAGAUUCUGACAGGAGAAGAUUGGAAUGCUGUAAUGUACGAUGGCAUCAUGGCAUACGGAGGUCCGUCUUCUUCUGGGAUGAUUGUGUGUUUCUACUUCAUCAUCCUCUUCAUUUGUGGAAACUACAUCCUGCUCAACGUCUUCUUGGCCAUUGCUGUUGACAACUUGGCUGAUGCGGAGUCUCUCAACACAGAUGAAGGAGAUAAGAAAGGGGACAAAAAGGAUGAUGACAAGGACGAUAAGGAGGACGAAGAGGACAAUGAUGACACUGUUGGGGAUGAGGAUGACCCUGAGGUGCCAUCUGGGCCUCGGCCUGUUAUUUCCGACCUGGUGAAGAAGGAGAAGAUAACUCCAAUCCCAGAGGGAAGUGCCUUUUUUAUCUUCAGCAGCACAAACCCGGUCCGCGUGUUCUGCCACAAGCUCAUCAAUCAUCACAUAUUCACCAACCUCAUCCUAGUCUUCAUCAUGCUCAGCUCCGUCUCACUUGCUGCUGAGGAUCCGAUCCGGAACUUCUCUGCUCGCAAUAUUAUACUUGGUUACUUUGACUAUGCUUUCACGGCUAUCUUUACUGUUGAGAUCGUAUUGAAGGUCCUAGGCUAUGCAGAUUAUGUCUUCACUAGUAUGUUUACAUUUGAGAUCAUAUUAAAGAUGACAACCUAUGGCGCUUUUCUCCAUAAAGGAGCCUUCUGCAGGAAUUAUUUCAAUCUCCUGGACUUGUUAGUCGUGGGAGUUUCCCUUGUCUCAUUUGGGAUUCAGUCUUCUGCCAUCUCGGUGGUGAAGAUUCUCAGGGUCCUUCGUGUUCUGAGACCCCUGAGGGCCAUCAACAGAGCCAAAGGCUUGAAGCACGUGGUCCAGUGUGUGUUUGUAGCUAUUCGAACAAUCGGCAACAUCAUGAUUGUCACCACACUGCUACAGUUCAUGUUUGCCUGUAUCGGGGUGCAGCUGUUCAAGGGAAAGUUCUAUCGCUGCACUGAUGAAGCCAAGUCCAGCCCAGAAGAGUGCAAAGGCACCUUCAUCCUGUAUAAAGACGGAGACGUGAACCAGCCAACGAUUCACAGACGGGUGUGGCACAAUAGUGACUUCAACUUUGAUAACGUGCUGAUGGCUAUGAUGGCGCUGUUCACCGUUUCCACUUUCGAAGGCUGGCCUGCGUUGCUCUAUAAGGCCAUCGACUCCAACAGGGAGAACCUCGGCCCCAUUUACAACUACCGGGUGGAGAUUUCCAUCUUUUUCAUCAUCUACAUCAUCAUCAUCGCUUUCUUCAUGAUGAACAUCUUUGUGGGUUUCGUGAUCGUGACAUUCCAGGAACAAGGAGAGAAAGAGUACAAAAACUGUGAACUUGACAAGAACCAGCGUCAGUGUGUGGAGUAUGCACUGAAGGCUCGUCCACUGAGGCGGUACAUCCCCAAAAACCCAUAUCAGUACAAGUUCUGGUACGUGGUGAACUCCACUGGGUUUGAGUACAUCAUGUUUGUGCUGAUCAUGCUGAACACACUCUGCCUGGCUGUACAGCACUAUGGCCAGUCAGCACUUUUUAACUACGUCAUGGACAUCCUCAAUAUGGUCUUCACUGCGGUUUUCACUGUGGAAAUGGUUCUCAAACUCAUUGCUUUUAAACCCAGGCACUAUUUCGCUGAUGCUUGGAACACAUUUGAUGCCUUAAUUGUUGUUGGUAGCGUCGUCGAUAUUGCGAUCACUGAAGUGAACCCGACGGAGACUCCACAGGUGGAUGAAAUGGGGAACACAGAGGACAGCGCUCGGAUCUCCAUCACCUUCUUCCGUCUCUUUCGUGUGAUGCGGCUGGUUAAAUUACUGAGCAGAGGGGAGGGCAUUCGCACUUUACUUUGGACUUUUAUCAAAUCCUUCCAGGCUCUACCGUAUGUUGCUCUUCUGAUAGCAAUGCUCUUCUUCAUCUACGCUGUCAUUGGCAUGCAGGUUUUUGGAAAGAUUGCGAUGGUGGAUGGCACUCACAUCAAUAGAAACAACAACUUCCAAACCUUCCCUCAAGCCGUGCUGCUUCUCUUUAGGUGUGCCACUGGAGAGGCAUGGCAAGAGAUCAUGCUGGCAUGUAUGCCAGGGAAACUGUGUGACCCCGAGUCUGACCACAACCCUGGAGAGGAGAUGACGUGUGGCAGUGGAUUUGCUAUUGUUUACUUCAUCACCUUCUACAUGCUCUGCGCUUUCUUGAUCAUCAACUUGUUUGUGGCUGUCAUCAUGGAUAAUUUCGACUAUCUGACACGUGAUUGGUCGAUUCUUGGGCCACAUCACUUGGAUGAAUUCAAAAGAAUUUGGUCUGAAUAUGACCCAGAAGCAAAAGGGCGGAUCAAACAUCUGGAUGUUGUGACACUGCUUCGUCGUAUCCAGCCUCCUUUGGGCUUUGGAAAACUUUGCCCUCACAGAGUCGCAUGCAAGAGGUUGGUAGCCAUGAACAUGCCGCUUAACAGUGACGGCACGGUCAUGUUCAAUGCAACGCUCUUCGCUCUGGUGCGAACAGCUCUCAAGAUAAAAACAGAAGGUAACCUGGAACAGGCCAAUGAAGAGCUGCGAGCUGUCAUCAAGAAAAUCUGGAAGAGAACCAGCAUGAAGCUGCUGGAUCAAGUAGUGCCCCCUGCUGGUGAUGAUGAGGUAACCGUGGGGAAGUUCUAUGCCACCUUCCUGAUACAGGACUACUUUAGGAAAUUCAAGAAACGUAAAGAGGAGGGCCUGGUGGGUGCACACCCGUCUCAGAACAACACAGCCAUCGCGCUGCAGGCUGGCCUUCGAACACUGCAUGAUAUUGGGCCAGAAAUCCGCCGAGCGAUAUCAUGCGAUCUACAGGAUGACGAGCUAGUAGACUUUAUACCCGAGGAAGAUGAAGAAAUUUAUAGGCGUAACGGAGGUCUCUUUGGCAACCAUCUGAUGAACGGCGGUCAUCGGCGCUCCAACAGCCAGCAGACCAACGCCACGCAGCGGCCUCUGCAAGUUCAGCCGCCUCCUCACUACGCUCACAUGGAGCAGCCAGUGGGACGUCUCUCCAGAGCCAACGCCAUGUCUCACUCCAACCACCACCACCACCACCACCAUCAUCAUCAUCGCCACCACAACUCCUACGGGAAGUCGCCCAAGUCUACCAAUAUCAACCUCAACAACGCAAAUAUGUCGGGCAUCCCCAACGGAGGUCACCAUCGGUACUAUGAACAUGCACCUCCUAACGGCUACCCAGGUCAUCACAGCCCCUACUACGACUAUGAGAAGCCACGGACCCCACAAGGACAAAGAAGGCGCUACUAUGAGACCUAUGUUAGGUCCCACGCUGGGGAUAGACGACACCCAACCAUUCGCAGGGAGGAGGAGUUUGAUGAAGACAGAUUAUCUGGAGAGUAUUUCAGUGGAGAGGAGUUUUAUGAGGAUGACAGCAUGCUGUCCGGAGACAGGUAUCAGAACAGCGACACGGAGUAUGAGACUCCAAAAGGUUACCACCACCCUGACAGUUACUAUGAGGACGAUGAGCAGCCGCUGUACCGCGGGUCCAGGAGGUCACCAAAGAGACGGCUACUUCCUGCAACACCUCAAGGUCACAGGAGGCCAUCUUUCAACUUUGAGUGUCUGCGCAGACAAAGUAGCCAGGAUGAGCUUCCACAUCAGCGUACUGCUCUUCCCCUGCACCUUAUGCAGCACCAGGUAAUGGCUGUAGCAGGUCUGGACUCCAGCAGAGCCCACCGUCUCUCCCCCACCCGCUCCACACGCUCCUGGGCAACACCUCCGGCCACCCCGGCAAGUAAAGACCAGUCUCCCUACUACACCCCCCUCAUCCGUGUGGACCACCCUCACAGAGAAAGCAUUGGCAGCAGCCAAGUCUCUGUGCGCAAGAGUUCCUGGUACACCGACGACCCUGACUUUACCCAGAGGACCUUCUCACCUGUCCACCUUCAGGUACCUCCAGAGUACCACAGCCAGUACCACCAGAAGCGAGGCAGUGCCACCAGCUUAGUGGAAGCAGUCUUGAUUUCCGAGGGGCUCGGUAGAUUUGCCAAGGAUCCCAAAUUUGUCGCCGCCACAAAGCACGAGAUCGCAGACGCCUGUGAGAUGACUAUAGACGAGAUGGAGAGCGCCGCCAGCCACCUGCUCAAUGGCGGAAUGACUUCCGGAAUCAACGGCGUCAACGUGUUCCCAAUUCUGGCUCCGAGGGACUACGAACUGCCUGACACCACAGCCAGCUACAGCGACGAGGAACCAGAGGCAGAACCCAGAGCGCCGUACGAGGAGGACCUGGCCGAUGAGAUGAUUUGCAUCACGACUUUAUAGCAGCGGCUGGAUGAUGCGGGAGUCCUGCACCUUGUAAAUUGAAAAAAUAAAAAGAAAUGCAUCUGACCUAAAGAAGUGCCUUUUAGACUGGAGAGAAAAGGCAUAUCGGAUGAGAGACACCAGUCCCGUUCUUGAGUUGUUUUUUUGCUCGCCUGCAGAGGGCGUCAGAGAACAGGGUUGGCCCUGGAGUGGACAAUGAGCUUCAGUCAGAAGGACAAACGCAGGAGGAAGGCCCAGUUUGCUGUGGUGGGAAAAGCUUUCAGGACGGGACCGCAGGGGUGAUGACAAUCAGAUGUACGAUGUCAUUACCUCAGUCACUUUAUUACGGUUUGGCACAUCAUGCAAGUCUUCAAUGCAAGGAUAAAACGGUAAAGCCCCUGGUAGUCUCAUUUAGGCCCUUUGUUCUUGAACUGAAGCGAGAGCCGAGCCCCAAGUGGAGCAGUAGAGUUGCACUAGAACAUGCAGGAAACCCGCAUUCUAGCAUCGCUCGACUUUUACACUGAGAAACACGCGUUGCUAAAUGCACUGGCAAGCAGGUUGUUUUGAUCUUUAGAAUCGCCUGGUUACUAUUUCACAGUUGAUACGCUGUAAAUUGUGUGAUAUAACUGGAGAAACUUUGUAAAGAGAUAUUCUAUAUUUUGUAAUUAUGUACCACUUAAGAGCAAUAUGGACCCUUGUGAUUCCUAUUAGACCAGAAACCAGAACAUCACUAUUGAGUAUGAAUUCCUGACGACGAUUUGCCUUUUGAGUUCUUUGCUGUCAUGCAGUAUUUACUUUGCCUUUAAAAACUUAAGUUCUGCUCGUGUUUUAUGCACAGAUUAUGCAAAAAUGAUUUCACAGUAAUCCACAUUUGAGACAGAAGCGAUGAAGCUAUUACAUGCAUGCGCAACAAAUUAAAAUGCAUAUUGCAUUAAAGAUUGCUGCUUUUAGUUGACUAAUAGUUAAGAGAAACCUAGUCUGUCCCCUCCAAAAAUUGCCUUUUCUGCAGAUGUAGAGCUAAAAAAAAAAACAAAAAAAAAACCAAGUGGGUCAGGCGUAUAAUAAACGCGCUCUGUUAGCCGAGAUGUUUGAUGUGAUCCCUGCUUCACCGUCAGGUUUGAUGGUGACGGAUCAGUGGCGGGGUCAGGACGCUGGGGAGAGGAAAAGCAAUACCCCGGCCCCCCUCUUCUCUCUCAGCCUGCCUGCCUCCUGCUACAGUUAUACCUCGCUAGGUAACAACAUAUCAUUCUCACUGUGUUGUCUUUGUCACGCUGUCCCGCAGAAGAGUGUUUGAAAAUACAGGGUUACUCUAGAUUUAUGAAUUAUUAAGAGGACGGUGAGGCGAGCAGAUAUGUAUUGCUUUCAUGCUGGUGUGUUUGGCCCUCAUCAAAAAGACUGUUCCGGAGUGUUUUAUUCGUCCGUGUAUUGCUCUGUUGUUCAACUAGUUACCACCACAAUGUAGGUUCUCCAUUUUGUGUGCACAUUGAAAGGGCUCUUUGAAAUGUUUGUGAGUUAAAAAAAAAUGUGUUCCAGUCCUUUUCUCAACAUUAAAGGACCAAUGCACAUAACAGGCACAUUGUACUAUUCGUAGCAAUUGAUGAACUGAAGAUAUGCAUUAUUUUGUAAAACACUUUGAAAAAGUUGUGUUUAACUGAAGAUGAAAAGACCUUACUUUUACCUCAUGUCAGGGAUUCCUGAAGAAAAAAAAAAAAGAAAGUUUUGUUUGGUUCGAUACCAAUGAUAUUUAAAUAUUAGCACAUAGCUGUUUGUCUUUGCACAGGUAAAUGUAUAGUGCUUUGGUUUCUUCUUUUUCUAAACAGAUUUGUGUAUUAAAGUGAGAUCAUUUUGUACUUUUUUGUGACUGUGUGUGGUUCAGUGGAAUCGAUAUUUGUCAUUAACACCUCACCUUAAAAUUGCGGAGAUGAAGGAGAGUGAAAAUAUUUUCAAGGUGCACUGUUCCUCUGUACGGUCAAGAGCCACUUUACCAAAAAAAAAAAAAAGUCGGGUUGACCACUCACAAUAGGUUUCCAUCAUUCUGUUUCAUUUCCAGCUGUUGUUAAUGUUUCGAAAAGAAGAUCAUGUAAAAUAUGUACAAACGUUCGGAAAGACUCAUGAUAGUGUUCUGUACUUGAAAGUCUUGAUAUUUGCUCUAAAACGUUUUUAUUCAAUAAACAUAUUUUCUUUUGGUAGCA